GGUUCACAGUCGCGCGCCUACUAGAGCGGGCGACGCUUGGGUAGCACGGCUUGUUGCACAAAUUUCGUAGCACUGUUUAUUGUAGUUUAUAUUUACUCAGUAUUCUACAGCGGACAGAAGGGCGUGCAAAAUAUCUGCCAACAAGAAGAAUUCCAGCUGCAUCCAAGUACCAUUUCAGUUGCUGUUGACAAAAUAAAAGUUGAUUGAUACCAUUAAUAAUACAAUUUUAAAGUAAAAUCCGGUUAUCUAUCAUCGAAAGAAACUAUUCACAGCUACCAUGCACAGAACGUGGAGUGAAUGGUUCUGGCUUCCUGAAGAGUUUACAUGGAAAGACUUCGAGGAGGAUGAAAAGCGGUUCCCAGAUGUGAAGUAUUUCUUCACUUGCGCACUGAUACUGGGGAUUUGUCUACUUCUCUUCAGAAAUUUCAUCCUCUUGCCACUUGUUUUUAGGCCUCUUGGUGUCAAAGCCGGUGUCCGUUCCAAGCCUUACCGUUCCCCGCCCCCAAAUGAAGAGCUGGACGCUUUGUAUACAAUAAACAGAGCUCGUCCACCCAGAGAUAUGUUAGUGAAAACUGCAGCGAAAGUAGGCUGGCCGGAACGAAGAGUUGAAAGAUGGUUAAGGCAGAAGGCUUUGUCGAUGCAAAUGACAACUUUGGAAAAAUUCCAAGACUAUGGAUGGCAGUUUACUCACUACACUAUUUUCUUCAUCUCUGGUUUCUUUGUCGUUGUCGUCAAACCUUAUUUCAAAGAUCCAGAGGAAUGCUGGAGAAACUUUCCUUUUCAUCAGAUUUCUAGUGACGUUUGGUGGUAUAACGUGGUUUGUUGCGCUUUUUAUGUCACUCAAACAAUCUUGCUGCUACAACAAGAAAAAAGACACGAUUUCUACCAAAUGCUAGCUCACCACAUGAUAACUUUCUUUAAUUUUUACUUCUGUUGGUCACUCAACGCGGUUCGGAUGUUGACCAUCACCCUCUUCAUGCACGAAAUUGCCGACAUCCCACUUGCGCUUGGGAAGCUUUUCAGCUAUUCUGGAUAUCAGAAAAUAACUGAUGCCUUAGCUUUUACUUUUGCUUUCUUGUGGAUAGGUACACGCAUGUUGUACUUCCCUAUUUAUGGGCUUCUGCCUACAUACCGAGCAAUGAGCAUCAUGGGCAGACACAACUGGCCGGGCUUCUUUUUAGGACAGCUCUUCGAUUCCAGUUUACUGGUCCUACACAUGAUGUGGACCAAGGAUUUAAUCAAAGCGCUUUACAGGAGAUUCACGGACAUUGACAAGAUCGUCGAUGAGAGAUCUGCAGAUGAGCUUUCAACUGAAGAUGAGAAGCAGAAUUCUGAAAUCAUCGAUAACAACAAUGUAAUUGCUGACAGGUACCUCGAAAAUCAUCAAUCAAGCACCAAGAGGAUGAACGGAGUUCACAAGCGCAAGGCUUUUCAAUCAUAGAUAAAUAUUUCUUAGCUAUAAUAAGUUUCCGGAUCUUGUUAAUCAUAAGCACUUCAGUAUAAUAAGCUAAUACUGGGUGGGGUUAACAUUCUGAAGAAUAAGCACCCCAGUAUAAAUGUAAGAACCUAAACUAAGGUUAGUUCGUUAGCAGUAAGUUUCCUACUAACGUAAGGUAACCAAAUUUGUUCGUAUUAUUCAUUCAAUUAAAUUUGUUAAGAAUACACACCUCGGUAAUGUUCCUGAUAAGAAUAAGCACCCCAUUAACGUCUGGGGUGCUUAUUCUAAACAAGAUCCAAGAUUUCAAAUAACUAUUUCAAAUAAUUAUUCAAUGUCCAGUAGCAUUUUAAUCGCCCACUUGUCAUGUAAAAAUUUCCCAGGUCUCUGUUUCUGUCUCGCACAUUUAAAACUAAGACUAUUGUUUGUACGCAACUGGAAUUUUGUUUCGGCGAAAAAAGGAAAAAUAAUUACGAUCUAAAUGCAAUUAAGACUCAUUUUUACCGGGUUUAGUUAACAUUUUAUUAAUUUCUAAUAAACAGAUUUCAUAACAUUGUAGAGCAUGCACUUUGUAGAGGCCAUGUCAACAAUUUCUGCUCAUUUUUUAUACAAGACAUGUAGGCGCUUUAUCUCCCGUGGGCUUUUGGGUGUGCUUCAACAGAGGCGAUAAAUGUAAUAUUUUUUGUUUCUUUUGCAUUUUUGUAUAUAUACAAAUAU